UUAGGCAGAAAACAACGUGCAAUUGUUUGUGUAUUUUUCAGCAAGAAAGCAACUGCUUUUCGUUCUAUUCGUGCAUUUAGUGUCUGUAAAAUACAUAAAGUUAAUCGAAAAUGCUUCGCCGACAAGCUCGUCUCCGAAGAGAGUACCUCUUCCGAAAGGCGGUUGAAAACAAACACAAAACUAUCCAGGAUAAAAAGGAACGCAUCAAACGAUCGCUCGAGGAGCACAUACCGAUUCAUGGCGAUCUGAAAAAGGAUGCAUUAGCGCUGCAGGAGAAACUCAAAUGGACCGACGAAGGUCCAAAGCGUGCGGCCCAAAUCGGAGGUGAAAGUGGUGGCGCAAAUACGGCCGACUCGAAAGACGACGAGUACCGGUACGCUGGCUGUGAUGAUCCAAAAAUCAUGAUCACCACAUCACGCGAUCCAUCGUCCCGUUUGAAACAGUUCGUUAAAGAGCUGCGGCUGAUCUUUCCCAACGCGCAACGUAUGAACCGUGGUAACUUUGAGAUGAAACAGCUCAUACACGCUUGCCGGGCAAACAAUGUGACCGAUUUCAUUGUGGUGCAUGAGCACGGUGGCGUACCGGACAAUCUCAUCAUCUGCCACUUGCCUUACGGUCCGACGGCAAGCUUCAACAUAUCUGGGAUUGUGAUGCGUCACGACAUUACGGACAUUGGCACGAUGAGCGAACAGAAACCGCACCUGAUUUUUCACAACUUCAAGACGAAGCUGGCCGAACGGACGAUGUCCAUCCUGCGGUAUCUGUUCCCGGUGCCGAAGGAAGAUUCGAAGCGUGUCAUGACGUUUGCAAAUCAUGACGAUUUCAUCAGCUUCCGACAUCACACGUACCGUACGGUGGAUAAGCAGCUGGAACUGACCGAAUGUGGGCCACGGUUUCAGCUGAAGCUUUAUCAGAUCAAGCUGGGCACGCUGGACGAGUUGGAUGCGGCCGAUACGGAAUGGGUGUACCGACCGUACAUGAACACGGCGGUAAAGAGACGCUUCCUGUCGGAUGAUGAUGGUUGGCAGGAGGAUAGUCAGGCGUAGGGCUAGCCGAC